GUCAGCUUUGAUUAUCAAAUGCUUUUGCGCUUUGUGUCAUGGGUGCCAUGGUUGCCUUUUGCAGCAGGAUUGCUUUGCUUCCCAUGGCCUUUGCUGAGCUUCAGGAUGUUCAUCCUGAACUCUUCAGAUGGGUCAUGACCUGGCCGCAGGGCAAGCGUUCGGUGUCGAAGAUGUCAGAUUUCGACCUGGCGCUGGAUCCUAGCUGUCAUCAACAGCACCUGUCCGCAGUGGAUUGGCGAGCUGUGCGCCGUCAUGUCCAAGAGAGCCUCGCAGCAUCCGAGGACAUCGAGUUGAGGCUGCGCCAGUGGAUUGGCAAUGGCAGGCCCUCUGGCUCCACGUUGGAUUGGGGCCACUGCCGUGUGCCCCUCCAACGUGCGAUCGCGGCCAUGGGCAGUGCCUGGGACAUUGACUCCCGGUACAGUUCAUGGCGCAGUGACUGCUACCUGGGGUGGCUCAGUGCCCACUUAUCUGACACCAUUUGUUCUUUGCAUGGUGCACUGCUGGAGGAUGAGGAGAGCCGGCGCACGUGGUCGCAGAAGUGGACCAAGACCCAGCUGGAACUUGAGGGGCUUUUCUUCUAUGUGGAUUUGCCUUGGCAUGUGAUGCUGCUGCAAAGUUGGCCACUUGCGCAACUUCUGGCUGUUCUGGGCCGCGCUGUGUCCAUGGUGGUUGGUGAUCGGAUCCCCAACCUUUGCGACAAGGCCAACCACCUUUUAGACGAAGCUCUGUUGGUGGCAGCGGGGACAUGGUGGAAGACCUACCACCCCAAACAAGCAGACACGCCCCUGUUGCCGCUGCAUAUGGCUGAGGAGUUCUUGGCAGUGCUAGCGGCAGCACCACUGCUUCAACCUGACCGUUGCAGCUUCGGGGUCAUCGUGGCGCUACUUUCAGUCGCCCUUUGGGCCUUCAAGGCGGGCAACUUCGAGGGCUUCCCUGAUGGCCCAGUGGCCGGCCGCAGCCCUGAGGUUUUGGUGUCUGGCAAUGCCCAGCAGAUGGCCAAGCUUUGGGAAGAGAGGUCUUCCCAGUUCUUCUUUGACUUGCUCACAACCCGCUGGCGGGUGGUUGAGCUGCUUGAGCAAGUCGCUGCAGCCUGGCCCAGAGCAGAGCCACCCACGCAGCAGAGGUUGGCGCAGCCAAGCACAAGAAGGAUGCUGUUUCUGGGCGGUGGCGAUACCACUUAUCAGUGGGGCUCUUUCACCGUUCGUGGGCGACAAUUGGCCAGGGGCUUCCGUCAGCAGGGCUUGGAUGCCAGAGCUUGGAACUCCCCCUGCCAGGCUUGGUGUGCAAACGAGCGAGAUUGGAGCCCUACAAGCUUUGUGCAUGUGAAAUAUGUUUGCGUGUGUGCUUUGCUGGGUUGGCCUCAUGCUGCUCAUAUCUACGAUCCAGUGGAUGUCUUUGGGAUGCCUGACAACAUCACUUUGCUGGAUGCAGUCCUAGUGCAGACCUCCUUAGCCAAGAGUGACUUGGAGGAGCAUCCGCCGCUGAAGGCUUUGAAGACCCAGGUGUCUGUGCAUUGGCUUCCUCUCCACCACUCCAAUGCGCAUGAGUUGCGAGCGAGCCCUUGGGAACGAGUGCAUCGAGUAGGGGUGCACACAGUCCAUACAGACAAAGACCUUGAAGGCUUGGUGACUGAAGUGCUGGCUGCCCACUCUGACGAGGCAGGUUUGCCUCCCGAUGAACGGCCACACUUUGUGCACAUGGACCCGGGCAAACUCUUCGAGCCCAACGAGGGCAAGAUCACCACACCACAGCACACCGAUGCCUUGUAUCAACAGUUGACAACUCUUCAAAUUGGCUUUGCCAAGCAGUCUGGAUGCCUCUCUGAGUGGUGGUCAUGCAGCCGCUGGAAGACGGGUCAACGGUUGGUGAAUAUGCUGAGCGUGGGCAUUCCUACCAUCGUUUGGGGAGAUGCACGAGGCCACCUGGACAUUGUUGAGGGGCUUUGGCCAGACAAUGAGGAGCAUGGCUGCACUGAUCACAACGGUUUGCCUGAAGCCUGCUACCCCCAGGAGCUGGUCAUUUGGUCUGAUGCUGAGUUGCCCAGAGCGCUCAAGGCACUUCUCCAGAACACCUCGCUGCGCGAAAAGGCCUCUCAGCAAGGCCUCAAGCUUGCCAGCAGGUUUGCCUUGCACAAGAUGGUGCACCACCUCAACGACAUCCUGCUUCAGAUGGAGGCAAGAAAAGCUGCUGCGGAGAAACCCUGGCAGAAUGAAAAAGAGGGUUCUCGCGGAAGUGGUUCUCGCAGACUUGAAGCAUUUGCAAGACCUUUCCUUCGUUGGAGACCGUGGUUCCGGAAGCUGAUGGGCGUUGUUUAGCUUGGUUGGGCUAUGCAAGGCAUCGCACGGCUCCACUCAGGCCCAGUGAUGGUGAAACAGCACCCUUAGGACGAGGAAGCGUCAAUGCAACAACAGAGACAGAGGAGGCUGGACGAGGCCAUUGGAGCCUUGCCUUUACUACGCCCUGCAGCUCUUAGCGCAGCCUUUUGCAUCGUUUCGUUCCAAUUUAAAGAGGCUGCAAGCAGUGCAUGCAAGGAGCUUGAGUUGGCUUCCCGCCCAUGUUUGAUGAAUUUGCUUCGGGUGCGCCACAGUGCAGUGGGCGCAUGAUUUGUACAUAGUGGCCUUUAGACUUUAGACGCUUCCCUGCAGCUGGUUGCUUGAU